AUGUCGUCUCCGGCUGUUCAGCUUACUUUCACUCUCCGCACCUCACCUAAUGUUCGCACGGUCCACCUUCUUGGCUCAUGGGAUGGCUACAAGUCGCAACUACCUUUGGCCGUGGCUAAAGACCCAGAAGCUAAACCAGGUUCCUGGAAAGGAACUUUUCGAUUCCAGGGAGCUCAUGCGCUGAAGCUCGGAAGUCGGUACUGGUACUAUUACAUCGUCGAUGGCUACCAUGUUUCCCACGAUCCUGCCAAGGAACAUGUCGUGGAAAAGACUACGGGGCGAAAGCUGAACGUUCUGAACGUGCCUGCAGGUGGCAGCAAGCCAAAACCAGCACCAGCCUCGUCGACUAGUAAACCUGAGCUCUCUAAGCUCGACACUCAAGCCCCAAAGACACCCACCUCGACCAGAGUGCCUCAAGGUCGUGCCCUUUCUCCUGGCAAAAUUCUCCAUCCAAAACCUCAAAAGCCUUACGCUAGUCGUGGGCUUCGUGAAGCAGAUUACGAUGCGUCACCUAUCGAUGACCUUGAAGAACGUUUUGCUGGUACGUCCCUUUCGGAUCGUCAUGCUCGAUAUGCUUCUUCACCGUCUGAGCUUUCCGAAUGUUCCGACAGCUCCGGCACUGUCUUCUCUACCACAUCCGGCUCCGCGAGCUCUGCCACCUCAGGUAGCGACAGCGAACAUGCCAAUCGUUGCCGUUGCAACCGAUACGGUCUGACAAGAGCUGGACAAAGAGUCAUGCUAGACUGUGGUGGGAAGAGAUGUGGUUACGCAGACAGUGAUUCAAGCAGCUGCGGAGCCAGCAGUGAUGGUGAUGAAGCUGGCGAUACUUCAAGCAGUGAUGAAUCAGAAGAAGACGAGCGCGAAGCCGAGUUGAGGCGAAGAGCAAGAGCACGCCUGGAAACUGAACGAGCCAAGAAUGCUGCUAGAGGCGCACCAGCACAAGCUCAGUCGAGGCAUGCCGUCAGUACCAAAGCUGCACCACAGUCAGAACGCAGCGCUCGACAUGCCGCCACGACUGAGCGGAGAAGAAGAUAG